GCUGCGAGAUCGCCCAGGCCGCAUAUCUUCCCCGCGCUAAUAGCAUCGUGACGAUUUCCAAGGUUGCCAACAUGGCCAGCUUGCCAUUCUAUCGAGUAGGGAUCACGUGAAAACAUACCACACCUCAACGCCUGUCACUGCUUACACCUUGUCUUGAUCUGCAUACGUGUAGCAUUUUCUUAGUAUGGCGUCGUCAGCGUCGCGCCUUCCGCCUCUGCCACUACCAGACGGUAUCGUCGAGAACUACGUCUACUGCCCCUCCAAUGGCCUUACUUUUCACACACUCGAAGCUGGCUAUACUCCGCAACGCGAUAAGCCUCUGAUAAUUCUAUGUCAUGGCUUCCCAGAACUCGCCUUUUCUUGGAGGAAGGUCAUGGUGCCUAUCGCUGAGGCAGGCUAUUAUGUGGUAACCUUUGAUCAGCGAGGAUACGGGCGGACAACUGGCUGGGACAACUCUUCCUACUCCAACACAAACUUAUCGCAGUUUGCUCUGACCAACGUGGUUCGCGAUGUCGUGACCCUGGUCAAUGCUCUGGGUUAUCGAGAGGUCAAGUGCAUUGUUGGCCACGACUUUGGUGCCGUCACUGCAAGCAUGUGUGCUUUGAUGCGUCCGGAUUUCUUCAAGAGCGUUGUCAUGAUGAGUCAUCCUUUCAAAGCGCCCGCGCUCUUGCCAUUCGACAUAGCCCACGGUGACGGUGAGACUGACGGACACGCGCCACAGCCGGACAUCCACGCUGAGCUGGCAAAUCUGCCUGUGCCGAGGAAACAUUACAAGUGGUACAACAGUACCAAUAGAGCUGCAGGCGAUUGGCUAAACCCAAGCCAAGGAUUGCAUGCUUUUCUCAGAGGGUAUCUUCAUGUCAAGUCAGCUGACUGGAAAGAGAACUCGCCUCACCCUCUUAAGAGCUGGACGGCUGAAGAGAUGGCUAAAGUACCCAACUACUACGUUAUGCCGUUGCACAAGUCAAUGCCUGAUACCAUUGCUGACAUGAUGGUCAACCAAGAUAGCUCGGCAACCGAACGGUGGAUGCCUGAUCGGGAUUUGACAGUCUACGUCCAAGAAUGGUCACGAACAGGCUUUCAAGGUGGCCUCAACUACUACCGAGUUACCACUGAUCCGAAUAAUAUGAGAGACCUCCACCUGUUCGCGGGCAAGAAGAUCGAAUGUCCGAGUACCUUCAUCUCAGGCGCUAAGGACUGGGGCAACUAUCAGCAACCUGGGGCCAUCGAGGCCUAUCCCGAGUCAUGCUCCGACUUUAGAGGGGUCCGGUUCAUCCAAGGUGCAGGACAUUGGCCUCAACAAGAGCAGCCGGAGAGUGUUGUUGAAGAAGUACUAGGAUUCAUUCGCUCUCUUUAAGUGGGUUGCAGUUGCGACGUGUACAGAUGUCUGCAGAUACAUGCGAUCCUAUCGAUUUAUCAACUCUUGCGUCUCCAUAUUACCUGUAUUGUUUCGGGCUGAAUCCAGCCACCUACUAAGGGCAUCCCUUCCACAUCGGCUCAUCAUCUUGUUGAGGUCGCUACGCCGCCACGCCGCAAUUCCUUCUCAUGCUUCUCAGCAAGAGCUGCUGUCCGGUCGCUCCCUAUUGCCCGGCAUUCGGGCCCGCAGCCAGAUCCGUAGUCAAGCACUGUCGGUAUUGUGGUAUUAGGAAGCUCUAUAGUCGAGAUCCACUAUUAUCACACGCUAAGCUACGCAAUGCAACGUCAGUGAUACAUUAAGACACCACAAACGGCGCAAAACGUCAAGCCAAACGCUUAUCCAAUUUUGCGCAGGUUAUUUCCACU